GUCUCCUUUCUUGCCUCGUGCGCUCUCGCUUCCAGUGAUCCUUCCAAUGGAGAAUAUGCUCUCCUCAGCCCCGCUGCCAUCGUCCCUCCCGGACCGCUUCAUCUUGCUGCCUGACCAGCGCCCACCGGCAUCAUCCGUUGCCGUAUCGCUGCCCGUUAUCGACCUCAGCCGCGGCCGCGACGAGGUUCGCCGCGCUGUCCUGGACGCCGGCAGGGAGCUCGGCUUCUUCCAGGUGAUCAACCACGGCGUCUCCGAGCAGACGAUGCGGGAGAUGGAGGAAGUGUGCGAGGAGUUCUUCCGGCUGCCGGCGGCGGACAAAACGGCCUUGUACUCCGAGGACAGGUUCAAGCGCAACCGGCUCUUCUCCGGUACCAUCUACGGCGAUCGUUACUGGCGGGACUGCCUCCGCCUUGCCUGUGCCUUUCCCGUCGGCGACACAAAGAACGACUGGCCCGACAAGCCCCAGAGUCUCCGGGAGGUUAUCGAGAAGUUCAUCAUGCCGACGAGAGGCGUCGCUAUGGAGCUGCUGCGGCUGCUAAGCGAGGGCAUGGGGCUCCGGCCUGACUACUUCGAAGGAGACCUCAGCGGAGGCGAUGUGGUCAUCCACGUCAACCACUAUCCGCCAUGCCCGGACCCGAGCCUGACGCUCAGCCUGCCGCCGCACUGCGAUCGGAACCUCAUCACCCUCCUGCUACCGGGCACAGUCAACGGCCUACAGGUGGUCUACAAGGGCGAAUGGAUCAACGUAGACCCCGUACCCAACUCCUUCAUUGUCAACUUCGGCCGCCAACUGGAGAUCAUCACCAACGGCAUGUUGAAGAGCAUCGAGCACCGGGCGGUGGCCAACUCAGCGCUGGCGCGGACGUCGGUGGCGGCGUUCAUCAUGCCGGCCGCGGACAGCCUCAUCGGCCCCGCUGAGGAGUUUGUUAGCAAGGACAACCCGCCGCGCUACCGCCCGGCCAUUUUUGGCGAGUUCAUACGCUGAUGCGCAUGUAAAGUUUUCCCAAUAAACGCGCUCUCUCGUGCGCGUAACAAGAAACCACCAGUGAUGUGUGUCGAUCGUUGGGUAAAAAUAUCUCAUGCUAGUAUAUACUCAUAAAAUAAAUCAACGCCCACUUACAGGGGCUGGAUAUUUUGUUAAA